AUUCCUCUGCAGUCACUGUGCAAGGGGCAGGCUUAGAGUGUGCUGGAAGCCUGGAGCAGCUCUUCACCCACUCACUCGCUCUCUCAGUCACACUGGGAGUCAGAGGGAAAAAACGAAAGACACAGAGGGAGAGAGAGAGAGAGAGAAGGAGGACAACAGGAACUUGGGGAGGUCUGACGCCACACGCACGCACUCUCUCGUUCGGACGGGACACACAAACCUCUUGUCUGUCUACUUGCUUGCGCUUCGGCUGCCUGUUCAGCACUAGAAGAACCAGCACCGACCUCUCGCGCCUCACAUGGUGUGCACACGCUGUCACUGGGGCAACAUGUGCGGUGCUGUUUCCUGAGGAGGACCAAAAAAAAAAGAACCCCUUUAAACGCAGACUCCUCCAGGCCAAACGCAAACUCUUUGCAGCUGGACUGUGUUUUGUGAGUGGGCGCGUGUGCCUUGUCUUGCGUGCGCGUGCAACAGCAAGUGUGUGUGUGUGUGUGUGUGUGUGUGUGUGUGAGUGUAUGUGUAUGUGCGUGACCGGAUCAACGAUGCCCUCAAGACACUCUCUCUCUAGGAGGUCCAGCAUGGACACGGACUCUGAGCAUUCCAAGGCCACGGUCGGAGCUUACCUGAUGGCCCUCUAACUUUCAACUCCGACAGCUGGACCCCCUUCUACUUCCUCAGACAAACUUGACAAGAUCACAGAUCACAAAAAGGUCACACCAGCAAGAACACCACUCUAGCGGACUCUUUAGGACCCUCUGUCUCUACUCUGUUCUGGUUUUUUCUUCUUCGUCUUUCUCGUCAGCUGCAGCCAUGCUCUGGCGCAGGUUAGCGUGCCCUCUCCUCUCCUUGGCUGCCCUUCUGGUGGUAGCCAGCUGCGGUGGGGCCGAGCAGAAGAGAGGCACGGACGGCGCCACCGGGUCGUCUGUGGGCAAAGGUGGCAGUGGCAGUGGCAGUAGCAGCAGUGGUAGCGGCGGCAGCGGCAGCAGCAGCAGCAGCAGCACAGCUGGUGGGCGGGAAGGUGGCAAUGGCCGGCGCCUCCACCGGGUCCAGCACGGCCAGUGCACGUACACCUUCAUCCUGCCGGAGGGUGAGGGGGGCCCCGGGGGUUCUGCUUGCCGGGAGUCCAAGGCGGGCACGGCGUACAAUGCCAACGCACUGCAGAGGGACGCCCCGCCACCCGAGCCGGACUUCUCCAGUCAGAAGAUCCAACAGCUGGAGCACGUCAUGGAGAACUAUACCCAGUGGCUUCAGAAGAUUGAAAACUACAUCAAGGAGAGCAUGAAGAUGGAAAUGGCGCAGCUGCAGCAGAAUGCCGUCCACAACCACACGGCAGCCAUGUUGGAGAUGGGCACCAGCCUCCUAUCCCGGACGGCGGAGCAAACGCGCAAACUCACCGAUGUAGAGACACAGGUCCUCAACCAGACGUCGAGGCUGGAGAUUCAGCUGCUGGAGAACUCGCUGUCCACCAACAAACUGGAGAAGCAGCUCAUGCUGCAGACCAACGAAAUCAGCAAGCUCCACGACAAGAACGGCUUUCUGGAGCAGAAGAUGCAGGAGAUGGAGUCCCGGCAUCGUGAGGAGCUGGAGGCACUGAAGGAGGAGAAAGGGAGCCUGCAGAACUUGGUGGGGAAACAGAUCGGGGUGAUCCGCGUGCUGGAGGACCAGCUCAGCCGUGCCACGGGCAACAGCUCGGCUCUGCAGAGACAGCAGCAGGACAUGAUGGACACGGUCCACAACCUCCUCAACCUCUGUGCGAAAGAAGGAGUGAUCCCCAACAGCACCAAGCAGACCGAGGAGGAGAAGACGUUUAAGGACUGCGCUGAGCUCUAUAAGGCAGGCUUCCAGAAGAAUGGAGUGUACACCAUUCAGAUCAGCAGUCUGGAGCCCAGAAAGCAGGUCUACUGUAACAUGGAGAGCGCAGGGGGAGGAUGGACUGUGAUCCAGCAUAGAGAAGAUGGCAGCGUGGACUUCCAGCGGACAUGGAAAGAGUACAAAAUGGGCUUUGGGAGCAUGUCUGGCGAGCACUGGCUGGGGAACGAGUUUGUGUACCUGCUCACCAGCCAGCUGCAGUAUGCCAUGCGGGUGGAGCUGACCGACUGGGACGGACAUCAGGCGUACUCCCAGUACGACCGUUUCCACAUCGGGACAGAAAAGCAGAACUACAGGUUGUUCCUGAAGAGCCACACAGGCACAGCGGGACGUCUGAGCAGUCUAGUGAUCCACGGGGCAGAUUUCAGCACCAAAGACGUGGACAACGACAACUGCAUGUGCAAGUGCGCUCUCAUGCUCACUGGUGGCUGGUGGUUUGACGCUUGUGGCCCAUCAAACCUCAACGGAAUGUACUACUCCCAAGGGCAACAUGUGGGCAAACUCAACGGCAUCAAGUGGCACUACUUCAAGGGCCCCAGCUACUCGCUCCGCGCCACCACCAUGAUGAUCCGACCCCUGGACUUCUUAUAAUGACCCCUCCAUUCCACACCAGAGCACCGUCGGAAAGUUCCAGAACAGUGCUUCUCAGCGGCAUCUUGCGACUCCACUGAACUCGCCUGGCGAGCCUUAUACUACCUGGUGGCAAGUGACACUUUUGCCUGAUAACCUCUCUCCAGGAAUUAGACGGAGGGAUUUUUGGAGGGAGUGGCAGCCUAUUCUUAUCAUGGUGGCGUUUCUGCCAUGGUAGGUGCUUCAGCUCUUCGGGACUUUUGGAAGACAAGCUUGGUUCUGUUAUUUUUACAUCCGAGGUAUGAACUUCAAGUGCCAUACACUUCUCACCCCUGGAUGAGAGGACUACUGUUCCUGCCUUUGAUGGGAUGUGACUGGCCUUUGGCUUAUUUGGCGGGUACGGACGCUCAGCGAACUCUCUCCAUCUGGAAGGUCAUUGGGAAACCAAGAGGGAGAUCGUUUUGUCUUUUUUUUUGUAACAUGGAUGAUCAAAUUGCACAAUUACCUUUGGGACAUGAGAUAUUAUUUUAUAUGUUAUGCAUUUUUUUGUAUACCAGUAAUCUAGUUUGAUACAUUUGGAAUGCUAUACUCUUUUGUACAUACAUUUCCCAGGCAAUCCGAGAAGAAGAAUCAUUGCACACCGCUCAACUUGCAAGGUCACACACAUAAUAUGUGUAAUAUCUGUCUUUCAUGGGCAACAGAAUGGAACAAUGAGUCUGAGAACAAGGCCAUUGGCCAAUAGCUGUGCUGCAACAUGCAUGCUUGUCGGCCUGCCAAAAGACUGUCGAUUAGUUAUAGAGUUCAUGCUGCCCCAUUGUUGUUACUGGCUGUGACCUGUGAUAAAGGUUGAUGCACAUUUAUUAUUGGGUGUUUUACAACCAGUGAUUGCCAAGACUCCAAAGUGCAAUAAUUUCAGCUCAAUGUCUGCAAUCACAUUAGCGAAUGUGAAGAAAAUGUGACAUUGCAACAUUGCUAAACAAGGCACAUCAGCAUAAAACAUAUAGAACUAAAUAAACUCAAAAUGAUGGGCUGUUGUAUUUCAUUAUCAAUAAUGUAUCCUGUGGUCAUUUAUCUAGAUGCUGGUAAAAACCCACGAAAUGUCUACCUAAUUAGAUGCUGGAGAAAAUGUGACAGUGGCAAAUUAAACAUGUCAGAGUUGCUAUCGAUCUGAUGGUGUCGUAGUAAACUGGUCAACAGUUUUAUAGUUUCCUUUCAACCAGGGCCAGACCUCAGAGUUGUAGGAACAAAACCCAAUAGUUGUUUUGUUCCUUCAAGUUUAUAUUAUUUUAGCCAGAGCAAAAAAGGAUUAUUGGGAGUUGCUGGUACUAUGUGUCCUAUUUUCAUUCUCUAUUAGAUCUCAAAUAGCAGCCUAUCAACACAAAGACUACCAAAGCAUCUGUUAGUUAUUACAUAACAUAUCCUUUUUUCUGAUGUGGUUCUACCUACAUAAGAACAUUAUACAUCCUAGGCAGCACGCCAAGAUAUAAUAACAAUUGGUAAAGCGGGCUUCACUUUCAAAGUUCACGGAAAGAUGUUGGUAGGUAACCACUCCAAAUGUAGCUGAUUAAACGUUGAGACUGUGGCAACCUUCUGAUCAGCAGAAGCCUAACGCAAAUUGGGGGGACAGCAAACUCUGUGCCAGCAUGUGGUCAAACAGCAAAUUAAAUUACUAUGUCAUGAGUAAGGUAAGAUCUGCCAGCAUCUGGUACAAUAGCCACUGUUAAUAAUACAACAGAACGGCCCUGAGGCUUCAGUGAGAAAUCAGUUACAAUGUGCACAUUGGUUUUGAAUGCGGAAAAGUUCCCUCUGACGGAAACAAAUCUUACUUAAUUGCUAAAUCCAUCAUAUCCCAUCAAUCAUCCUCAUAGUAUCCACACUCCAAAUGGUUGCCAUCCAGAGCUCCUGUUCGGAAUAUUCUACUCUGGUGAAAGAUGGCCUCAUUAAAACCUGAGAGGUUGCCUCAUAAAUAAUGUUUUUUAAAGACAUUACCGUCUUCAUCCGUGUCUGAGGCGCUCUGAUCUAUCAUCGGGGGAGAAAACCCAUUGCUGCUCUGGCAGACGUACCCAUUGCCUCCCUUCAUCAACAAGGUUUAAAAUUCUGUUUUAACGCGUGCCCGCUGAAGCCGAGACAAAAUGAAUGACUUGCUUCAGUGCACUGUGCACUUCUAUCGCAAAUCUACCAGCAUGGAACGACUAGCAAGCAUAUUUUCAGUUUAUCGUUUUAUUGAAGGCAGGUACUCUUGUAAAAAAAAAGGCUCAUUGUAUCUGGUAUGUGUAACGCCUUGACCUGACAUGUUUAUUAACAUACUAAAAUGGUGUAAUUUAAUAUGUGUACAUAUAAAAUAACUUUCCUGAGGAGAGCACUGUCAUUUAUAUAUCCUCUGCAGGCCCGUGGCUUUCAUUCUGAAGUAAUAAUAAUAACAAUAGGAAAGACCAGUACCUUCAAUGACUUUGCCAUUACCUCAUAAAAAUCUGUCGUUUUGCCAUUUUAUUUAAACUCUUGUUUUUGUAUCAGUGGUCAGAAUUUCAUGAUGCUAGACUGAAUAAAACCAAGCAUGUGAUGCAGUUUUGAUUGCGGA